AUGGAGGCGCUCUUCUUCAACGUGGAAGAUGGGUUCCUCGAGGCAAUGGUGCGCGGCUACAAGGCCGGUAUCCUCACGAACAGCAACUACAUCAACUUGACCCAAUGCGAAACCCUCGAUGACCUCAAAUUGCAAUUGGCCGCGACGGACUAUGGGAACUUUCUGCAGAACGAGCCGUCACCGUUGGCCACGACGACGAUAGCGGAUAAAGCUCGCGAAACUCUUGUUUCGCAUUUCAUGUACUUGAGGGCUAACGCGGUCAAGCCGUUGUCGACCUUUUUGGACUUCAUAACCUAUUCGUACAUGAUUGAUAACACCAUCCUUCUGAUAACUGGCACUCUGCAUGAGCGGGACACAAACGAACUCCUAGAAAGGUGUCACCCACUGGGGAUGUUCGAUGGCAUAGCAGCACUCUGCGUUGCGACGAAUGUGGCGGAGCUCUUCAACACAGUUAUGGUGGAGUCGCCUCUUGCACCAUACUUUGAGAAAUGUCUUUCUGCUCAAGACCUCGACGAAAUGAACAUCGAAAUCAUCCGCAACACACUGUACAAGGCGUACUUGGAAGACUUCUAUAACUACUGUCAAGGAAUGGGCGGUCCGACGGGAGAGGUCAUGGGGGAGAUCCUGCAGUUCGAAGCGGAUCGACGUGUGAUAAACAUCACUUUGAACUCGAUGAACACGGAGCUGUCAAAGGAUGAUCGGGCGAAGCUGUUCCCAACGUGUGGAAAGCUGUAUCCGGAGGGAACCAUGAAGCUGGCGCGAGCGGAUGAUUCGGACCAAGUGCGCAUUGCGUUGGACAGUUACCCGGAAUACCGCCAAUUCUUUGACAUCCCCGUCGGCGCCGAAAAGUCCCUCGAAGACAAAUUCUUCGAGUACGAGGUCCAUCUCAACAAACGCUGCUUCACCCGCCAGUUCCAGUACGGCGUGUUUUACUCGUACAUCAAGCUCAAAGAACAGGAGAUUAGGAAUAUCGUGUGGAUUGCGGAGUGUAUUGCUCAGCAGCAGAAGGAGAGGAUUACGAACUAUAUCACUAUCUUUUAG